GCCGAAUUCCCCAGGAUGGGUCACCACGUGGCACAGCUGGCUCUGUUCGUCGGUGACCCAGACAAGGACGUCAGCCGGCAGGCCAGGGAGGGGGUUUACUGGCUCUACCAGCUGCUGCUGCACCAGAGGGACCUGACCAUCCAUGAGGCCAAAGACCUUUGGUGCUGGGACUGGCAUCAGGACAGCAGGCUCCUGGGGUACAAGAACACAGCCAGGGUGGGGGAGGUCUUGGGAAAGUUCUUCUCAUCGGGGCAGAGAAGAUUCUUCCUGUGGACAGCAGUGCUGGCCAUCCACGACCCCCUGCUGCGUGUCAGCCAGGCUGGGCUGCUCCUCACUUACUCCCUCCUGGGGGAAGCCCAGCAGGUGAUGGGGAACAAGCAAAGGACGUGAUGGCCAACGUGAUGCAACAACUUCACAUCAUCCGGCACUUGCGCCAAGUGCCUGAAGCGCUGCAGGAGUCCUGCUUCUGAGGCCACCAGCAACUCCCGCUCCCUGUAAACACGGAGUGUAGUGAGGCUGAGUGGCCUCCCUCCGAGCAGGAGAGCGAGGGCCCCCCUACACGCCCCUUGGAGGGCAGAGCCUAUAUCGCCCCGCCCCCCUCGCCUGUAGGACUGUUUGUUGGCUGGCCACCGGGGCCUUUGGUAGACUGUGUUGAGACUGAGUGGCCUCCAUCCAAUCAGGAGAGUGAGGACCCCCUACACGCCCCUUGGAUGGCGGAGCCUAUAUCGCCCCGCCUCCCUCACUGGAAGUAUAAAAGGCUGGCCCUGCAGCACAGUUGGGGGAGAGCCUGCAAUAGAGGAGGAUGCUCUGCCUGUUCUCCAGAGGCCCUGAGAGGAACCCACGCCUGGCUGUUCCCGAUCCCCAGGCAUGGACGAGGACUGGCCCGGAGUACCCGCUGCGGUUUACCCCGAGGAGCCAGAAGAGGCCUGCAGGCCGCAGAUCUGUUUUGUUGGAAUGAACUGUAACCACAGUAAAAUGUAAGAUAUUUUUUAUGCUGAAGAAUCCCAAAGUGCUGUGCGAACUGUCUGCAUACAACACCGAUGAAAUAAAGCCAUAGCUGAGGAGUUUUCUCAAAGCUGCUGCUCUGGUUGCAUCCACGACUUCCUAAAUCUACAAUCAUGCUCCUCUUUUUUUGAGCCACAGAUGAUGAUGCCAUCCAUUGAGGUAUCAACACCAUUAAUACGGUGCUGAAGCUAUGCUGAAGGUUCUCUGCAACAUUGCCUGACAAUUGCUGACUGGAUGGAGGUUGCAACCAGUGUUCCCUUUAUUUUUCACAUCCAUGCCUGGCAGGAUGCUGGACUUGUCCUAUCCACCACUAGUAAUGAGGCCUGCAAAAUGUUUGAUGCCACGCUGACUCAGUAUACUACAUGGACCAAUGAUAAGAGUCUAGGGGGCAUUGAAGGAUCUCUCUCCAAGUUACAUGCAGCAGAUCCAACUUUUACAAUGGGACAUGUGAUUGCUAAUGGCUUGGUUCUGAUUGGCACUGGGAGUUCAGUGAGGUUAGACAAAGAGCUGGACGGUGCAAUGAAAAAGAUGGUGGCACUCUCAGAAUCGCAGCCCCUGACUGAGCGGGAGAAGCUACAUGUGUCUGCACUAGACAUGUUUGCCAGUGGGCGUCUUCCUAAAGCAUGUGACAUAUGGGAUAAGAUUCUGCAGGACCAUCCAACUGACAUGUUAGCUCUAAAAUUUGCCCAUGACACUUAUUUUUAUCUGGGAUAUCAAACACAGAUGCGAGACUCUGUUGCCCGUGUAUAUCCUCACUGGACACCUAAUAUUCCACUUAGUAGCUAUGUGAAAGGCAUUUUCUCUUUUGGACUGAUGGAAACUAACCUUUUUGAUCAUGCUGAAAAGCUCGCCAGUGAGGCUUUAGCUAUAAACCAAUCAGAUGCAUGGUCUGUCCAUACCAUAGCACACAUAAAUGAAAUGAAAGCAGACCUGAAGAAUGGGUUGACAUUUAUGAAGCAAACUGAAAACAACUGGAAGGACUGUGACAUGCUUGCUUGCCAUAAUUACUGGCACUGGGCUUUGUAUUUCAUUGAAAAGGGUGAUUAUGAAGCAGCUUUGACAAUUUAUGACAAUCAUAUUGCUCCCAGAUGCAUGUCAAGUGGAAGUAUGCUAGAUGUAGUAGAUAACUGCUCCAUGCUGUACCGGCUUCAGUUGGAAGGUGUAAAGAUAGGAGACAGGUGGAAUGAAGUUAUCCAACUCACAAAGAAACACUCCAAAGAUCAUAUUCUGUUUUUCAAUGAUGUCCACAUUCUCAUGUCUUCGCUAGGGGCCAAAGACCACAAAACCACCAAUGAGCUCUUAACAACUCUUCAGGAACUUACAAAAGCACCUGGUGAAGACCAUCAGCUGGGUCUGGCUCCGAAGUUGGGGUUGCCACUUUGCCAGGCUUUGGUAGAGUUUGACAAUGGAAAUUAUGACAAGACAGUAGAAUUACUUUAUCCAAUUCGCUACCAGGUCUUACAGAUAGGAGGCAGCAAUGCUCAGAGGGAUGUUUUCAACCAGCUUUUGAUCCAUGCUGCUUUAAAUUGCAAAUCAAAAGCCCAUCAGAACCUGGCCAGAUGCCUCCUGAUGGAACGUGAUGGGUUGAGACCAAAUUCACCAUUGACUGAGCGACUUAUUCAAAAGGCAUCAGCUGUUCAUGCGAUGGAAUAAAUCUUAAAUCAGUUAUUCCCGUGGAAAUAAUAAUUAGCACUAUAAUCAGUUGCUUUCUGUGACAUUAAAAGAAUCAAAAUAGGGGAAAUAUUGCAUCAGCAGUCAUAUCAGAUCUUCUAAAUAUCUGAGCUUUGGGAAGCUUGUUGUGGUGAUUCAGCAUUGUUGCUUGAGCUUCUGGACACCUCUGAUUCUAGCAAGGUUCUGACCUAGCUGUGUUUUGCAGGGCGACAAUAGCAAAUGAAGUAGAUAUCAGUCAUUUGUUUAAAGCAUGCUGAGCCAUUGUUUUUCAGGAGAGCGCAUCAGUCUUAUGCUUAUCAGGUUGCGGGAUAACACUGCUAUUAUAAAGUUGUGCACUGCCAAAGUAGGCAGUGGUGUUGCUAUUCUAGAACCUGAGGGGAUGGGUCGAGCUGUCACAUGACGAGCCUUUGAAAAAAGAUGACAUGUGGGAUGUACUAGGGAGGAAUAAAUGGUGCCAAAAUGUGUAGAAAGUGAACUUAUAUGUGUUGGCCCAAAGUGACUUUUGGGCUUCUCCCCCAGGACCAUAGAAGGCCCUAGCUCCACAGAACCACUGCUGCAAAUAGGGGUGGUAUUCGGGAACCUUUUGCUUCCAUGCCGUUCUGCUCCAUUGGGCUCCUAAUGCAUGCAGAGGUGGGGGAGGAGAGCAGGAAUUUGAACCAAGGAAUCCACUGACAGUCUUUUCCUAUGGACCGGCAGUAGCCGCAGGGGGUGCUUCAGCCAUGGAGUUGCAGUAAAGGUCUGGGGGAAGGUUGAAUGAGGACUUCUACCACACGCAUAACACAGCCAUGCCAGAGUGACACCACCCAGCAUGCAGCUAGGCCCUUUUGGCCUGCCUGCGGGUUCCAGGAUUUGGUUUCAAGUUCCUCAAAGGCAUAAUUUUGUAUCAUUUGCUAUUAAAGUCAUACAGGUAUGAACUGAUCUUGCAAGUCAACCGUUUCACAGUUGUUAAUCAAAACUUCUUACUUCUUGAUGUUCUUAUUGGAUUUUAAUAGAAGGUAUAGCCUAAUAAUGCGGCACAUUUUUAUAACAUCAGUGGAUAGUGUUAGAAAAAUCUUUGGGCAAUCUAUUAAGAAUUGUAUAGAUCUUUUUUCAUAUGUAACUGUGUUCCUUUGAUUUGCAUUGAACUGAUACCUUACUCCUACAUUACAAAUGUAAGAGCAGACUUUAUGGCAAUGUGAUUUAUGGCAUUACUAAUAGUAUCCUAAAGAAUGUCAUUAAAUUCAAAGAGAUGGUGAUUGA